AUGGUGCGGCCAGCGACUCCGCUUUCUGUUCUAUUCUUCAUCGCCUUCGUUUUGCUGUUGCUGAGCACGCUUUCUACGCCCAUUAUCCAAGCCAUUCCCCUGGCCCAAUUCGAUGGUGUCGACUUUGGAGUCUUUGGUUAUUGUCAGAAUGGAAAAUGCAGUUCCUUGAGGGUUGGUUACGACACAGACAAACUAUUCUCAGCCGCCGACAACAAUGAAUUCUCUCUACCGUCGAGUACUCGAGCCUCGCUCUCGUCCAUUCUCAUCGUCCAUCCUGUCGCAGCUUUCUUGACCCUCAUUUGCUUCGCCCUGGCUGUCGCAGCCCACUUCCACUCGCCGGCCCACUCUCCUCGCUAUCUUCUGGCUCUGCUCAUCCUGACAUUCCCCACACUCCUUGUUGCUCUCUUAGCUUUCCUGGUCGACAUUCUCUUGUUCGUUCCGCAUAUGCAGUGGGGAGGAUGGAUUGUUCUGGCAGCUACCAUCCUCAUUAUUGCUUCCGGUGUCGUUACUUGCGCUAUGAGAAGGACUCUGGUAUCAAGAAAGGCUCGCAAGAAGCGCAUUGCUGAGAAUGCUGAGAUGAACGGCGCCAACUACUACAACAACAUGCAGAGUGAGCGCCUCAUGGCUGAUGAGCUACCUAGAGCGGAUAGCCCCCCACCCAUGGAUGGCACUUUCGAUAACGCCAAAGGACCUCAAUUUGCAGCCUUCGAGACCAAGAGCAAUGAGAGGAGAAGUGACGAUCGCGCACCACUCAACCCUAGAGCGCCGUCUGUGACCAGCAACAAUACU